UAUAUAUCAUACCUAGAGAGACGGACGCACAAGUGAGUGAUCCCCCGGCUUCUAGUUUCAACAAUGGCUGCUAGGAAGCGACCUUCAGCAUCUGACGCCGCAAAAUUUGAACCGGAAAAAUCAAGACCCGAGAUCCAUCAAACGGAUUCCCCAAUUCGUCCCGCGAAAUUCUUCACAAUCUCUAAAAUCUUCCUCAUAUUUGCCAUCCCAUACUUUUUCUUGAUUUUCUCUUACUGUAAGAUUGAAUAUGAGCUUAAAAAGCCGAUCCUCAUCAAUUCGCUCGUCAGUUUUAUCGGGUUUUUCGUUACCGUGAGCUUGAUUCCUGUGGCGUCCAAGUAUGUAUCGCGAAGGAAUUUAUUUGGGUAUGAUAUUAACAAGAAAGGCACUCCCGAUGGAUCCAUCAAAGUGCCAGAAUCACUGGGUAUUGUAGUUGGGAUUGUUUUUCUUGUCGUGGCAAUCUUGUUUCAAUAUUUUAACUUCGCUGCAGAUUCAAAUUGGUUGGUUGAAUACAAUGCUGCGUUAGCAUCAAUUUGCUUCAUGAUUCUCCUUGGGUUUGUUGAUGAUGUCCUUGAUGUACCUUGGAGAGUGAAGUUAGUGUUGCCAUCUAUUGCUGCGCUUCCCUUGUUAAUGGCCUACGCAGGCCACACAUCUAUAAUUAUACCGAAGCCUCUUAUUCCAUAUGUUGGGGUAGAGAUUUUAGAUUUAGGGUGGAUAUAUAAGCUAUAUAUGGGGCUCUUAGCUGUCUUUUGCACCAAUUCUAUCAACAUUCACGCUGGUAUAAACGGGCUUGAAGUUGGACAGACAGUGGUUAUUGCAUGUGCUAUCUUGAUACACAAUGUCGUGCAAAUCGGAGCAUCUGCAGAUCCUGAAUACAAGCAAGCACAUGCUUUCUCCAUUUACCUUACACAGCCUUUGCUUGCCACUUCUCUAGCAUUGCUUUCUUACAACUGGUAUCCCUCGUCAGUUUUUGUUGGCGACACCUACACUUACUUUGCCGGAAUGACCAUGGCAGUGGCUGGCAUUUUAGGCCAUUUCAGCGAAACACUUCUGAUUUUCUUUGCGCCUCAAGUUCUCAACUUCUUGCUAUCACUCCCUCAGCUGGCUGGUAUUGUACCUUGUCCACGGCAUCGACUGCCUAGGUUUGACCCAAAGUCUGGCCUACUGACUGGAACGAAUGAUGGUACUCUGGUGAACUUUUUCUUAAGACAGUUCGGGAAGAAGACAGAGAAGUCUCUUUGUAUUAUGUUACUAGUUUUCCAGGUAACAACUUCCCUCUAUUAUGCCAUGCUCAAUCUGCAGAUUCUUUCAUCUUCUCAAUCAUCCAUUUCACCCCACCCAACACACUUACCCUUUUUUUGUGAAUGUUAAAUCUGCAGAUUCUGUCGCGGUUUAUAGACAUUAUUUAUUAGAAUUUCUAGUGUUGGCUUCACUUUAAUUUCUAUCUUUGAAAAUAUGCAUUGGUAAGAAGUAGUAUUAAAACAGUAAGCAUUGCUCGACUUAUGUGCUGCAGGCCCUAUGCUGUGGAUUCUGUUUUUUGCUGCGGUGGUUCCUCACUGGCUGGUACAAAUGAAGGACGGAAUGAGAGAGAAUCUUGCUGAUUGUCAUCAUCAGUUGCUAUUUCCAUAUAUCGAUCCAACAAAUGAUUCUGAUGAAGUAAAAUGUGUCGUUGAAUCCAGUUUCGAGUAAAAGUAGAGUAAGCUUUUUGCUGAUAGAUUUUGCAUUUUAUCUUGAACAUUGGCGAGAGAUAUUGUCAGAAACAUGCGUAGUUAUACAAGAAUAGCUGAUCUUUUUGGGUAUUAAGGAGAUUUUUGUAGCUCAAUGUAAAUGACUAUAUAUAGGCAACCAUUCAAUUGCAUGGUGAUGUUGGAACCACAAACAUCUCAUUUAGUGACACCACUCUCUAAUAUAUAUAUAUAUGAUUCCCAGCCAUUAAAAA